AAAAGUUUUAAACCAAAACAAGAACCUCUGAAAUCUUCUGAGCCUUUUGAUGGACAAACCGGAAACAAACGUGAUUAUGUAGAACAUCCGAUUGAACCUCGUAAACCCAAACCAAAGGAUACCUACAAGCCUCCAUCAGACAAAUUCGAAGGUUCUAGCACAGCACGGAAUGAUUUUCGUGGUGAAGUUGUUCCGAAAAGAGCCAGUUUUAAACCUGAAAACAAACCCAACACAUCGAGUGAGCCCUUCGAUGGCGCCAGUACUGCGAACCAAGAUUUUAAAGAACACCCUGUACAAAAAAGACCUAAACACCAACGGAAACAGGAUGGGUACAAACCUCCGACGGAGUCGAUGGAUACUUCAACGUCAAACAGGAACGACUAUCCAGAACACGAGUUGCAAAAGAGACAAAGCUAUAAACCAAAAGGAGAUGCCAUAAAAUCGGAUGAUCCGUUUGAUGGUUACACUGGCUAUAAUGACACAUACAAAGAGCAUCCAAUACAACCUCAACAGCAGCGGAAACAGGAUGGGUACAAACCGCCGACAGAGUCGAUGACCACAUCUACGUCAAACAAGAACGACUACCCCGGCUACGAAGCGCAAAAACGAAAAAGCUUCAAACCGAAUGGAGAUGCUUUGAAAUCGGAUGAUCCGUUCGAUAGCUAUACUGGUUAUAACGAUACGUACAAAGAGCAUCCGAUUCAGCCCAAACAGAAACGGAAACAGGAUGGGUACAAACCACCGACAGAAUCGAUGGCUACGUCUACGUCCAACAAGAACGACUUUCCCGAACACCAAGCGCAAAAACGAAAAAGCUUCAAACCGAAUGGAGAUGCUUUGAAAUCGGAUGAUCCAUUCGAUGGCUAUACUGGUUACAACGAUACGUACAAAGAGCAUCCGAUUCAGCCAAAACAGCAACGGAAACAGGAUGGGUACAAACCACCGACAGAAUCGAUGGCUACGUCUACGUCCAACAAGAACGACUUUCCCGAACACCAAGCGCAAAAACGAAAAAGCUUCAAACCGAAUGGAGAUGCUUUGAAAUCGGAUGACCCGUUCGAUGGCUAUACUGGUUACAACGAUACGUAC